GCUCCUCUCGUCGUUCAUACCAUACCAUCCAUCGAGUCUUUCAAUUCUCUAUCUUUUUUUCUUUUCAAAACCAGAAGGAUUCUUCCUGGUUUCUCUCAUCACUCUAUAAUUAAUAAGUCGACUACUGCAUUCAAACUAUACUAAAGUGACAGUCAAAACCACCAUGGUUGAGAAAGACGAUCUGGGUCUGAGUCUUAGCUUGAGCUUUCCUCAGAAUCACAAUUCCUUACACUUUAAUCUUAUGCCUUCACUUGUUCCAUCUUCUUCUUCUUCUUCUUGUUUUCCCUCUUCUGCCUUCGAUCUUCACAAACCCUCAUGGAAUGAACCCUUCCCUUCCUCAGAUCUAAACUCGGAGUCGUGUCGAGCCGAGAUCCGGUCAUUUCUCCGAGGAAUCGAUGUGAACCGGCUGCCAUCUCAAGCGGACAACGAAGAAGAGGCCGGUGCCUCCUCGCCUAAUAGUACGAUAUCGAGUGUAAGUGGCAAGAGAAGCGAGAGAGAACCGAAUGGAGAAGAGCUCGAGAUUGAGAGAGAUUGUUCUCGUGGUAUCAGUGACGAAGAAGAUGGUGAUACUUCAAGAAAGAAGCUCAGGUUGUCUAAAGAUCAGUCAGCCAUCCUUGAAGAGAGCUUCAAAGAACACAACACUCUCAACCCAAAGCAAAAAAUGGCGUUGGCUAAACAGCUAGGCCUCAGACCUAGACAAGUGGAAGUAUGGUUUCAGAACAGAAGGGCAAGGACCAAGCUGAAGCAAACUGAGGUUGACUGUGAGUUCCUAAAGAGAUGUUGUGAAAAUCUAACGGAGGAGAACAGGCGAUUGCAGAAAGAAGUGCAGGAUCUGAGAGCACUGAAACUGUCCCCUCAGUUCUGCAUGCAAAUGACCCCACCCACAACACUCACCAUGUGUCCAUCAUGUGAGCGUGUCGCAGUCCCACACUCCGCUGCAUCCCCCGCCGUUGAUCACAGGUCCCAUCACAGGCCAAUAGCCAUCAACCCGUGGGUUCCCGCAGGUCAUAUGCCUGGUGGACCAUUCGAUUCACUUCGUCCUCGAUCGUAAUUACAACACAAAUUCAAGGGCAAAGGAGAAUCACAUGUAAUGGCGUACUAGAAAGUGUACCACUGUUCAAAGUGUAGGCAUAAGAUAAGAUAUGGUUGGUAGAAUAUGAUUUGGUGGGUGUCUGUUGGUUUUGCAUUAUUGACCCAUCUAAAUUAUGUUUUGAAAAAGUUGACUAUAUUACUUAGCUAAAUUAGUAAUUAAGUUAGGGCUCAUAUCAAUACUUUAUUCCAACAAAACUUUGGGUGUAAAGUUCAAUAUCUAGUUAUUAAUUUGACCAUGUUGAGCAAUGUUAUGGUCCUGUAA